AUGUCUCAAUUUACAAUGUCUUUAAACUACAGCUUUAUCAUUCUAAUCGUGUUUUUAUUGAAUAAUCUCAAUGCUGAAUCAAAGAAAUUACUCGUUUUCACUUUUUCUCCAUCACUCGGAGAAAUUGAACACAUUUCAUCGCGAUAUAACGUCUCAAAAUUGAUCAGUCUUGGUGACAAUCUUCAUGUUCUUCCUGGGGAAUUUGACUCGGAACUUCAUGAAACAAUAAAACUUGAGUCUCAAAAGGAUUGGUGGGUGACAGAAGACAUCGUCGUGCGAAAGAUAAAUCCUGUAAAUAUAGAUCAAUUCGAGGACAUAGGUAAUGGCGGGUGUGAUCCUCCACCACCUGGAAUGGGUGGUAAUUUGUCGGUUGACCCAGGAGCUGUGAAAUUUAAAAAUAUCACGAAUGGAAUUACCGUUCAAAGUAAUGUGAAGAGUUGGGGAUUAGAUCGAAUUGAUCAGCGUAUUCGUCCAUUAUCGAAAACAUACAACUUUGAACAAAGUGCUGGUGAAGGCGUCGACGUUUAUGUCGUUGACACUGGUAUCAACAUAAAUCAUGUUGACUUCGAAGGAAGAGCUAGAUGGGGGUUAAAUGCAGUUCCGGAUACUGUUGAUAAUGACCUCCUCGGACAUGGUACAUUCGUAGCUGGGAUAAUUGGUGGUAAAGUGUACGGUGUAGCAAAAAAAGUCAAUUUGAUUGCAGUAAAGUGUUUGGACGAUCGCGGAGAAGGAACUCUCAAUAGUAUUUUAUAUGGCUUUGAAUAUGUCAUGAAACAACACAAUGCUACGAAAAGACCUGCUAUUGCUAAUCUUUCGUUUGGAACGGAGAGAAAUAAAUUAGUCGAUAUGGCUGUAAAUCAACUAGUAUCGGCAGGGAUCAUAGUUGUAGCUGCUGCUGGAAAUGGUGAUGAAUACGGUCGUCCUGAAGAUGCAUGUAAUUCAUCACCAGCAGCGUCUCGGCUUGCAAUCACUGUCGGCGCGACCUCAACAAAUGAUACUAUUGCUUCCUGGUCAAAUCGAGGUCCAUGCAUCACUUUAUUUGCACCUGGUCAAAGCGUCACGUCUGAUCUCGCAUGCACAAACCAUAAUGCUGGCGUUGAAUCAGGCACUUCUUUCUCAGCUCCUUAUGUAUCGGGCAUCAUAGCAUUGAUGCUCUCUAAAUAUAAAGAAUCCAAUCUGAACCCUCAAAGCAUAAUGAUAUAUCUCACGCAACUCGCCACAAAAGAUGUCAUCAGAGGAUUGCCCAAAACGCGAAGCCCAAACUUAUUGGCGUAUAGUCAAGUUCAGGAGCUUGAAGAAGUUAUAGGUGGUGCUGUGUCUGAUAAAAUUUUCGGUAUUGGUGGUACUAUUGUGUGUCACGUUGUGGGUGUAUUUCUUUUAAUAGAGGCAAUUAAAUUUGUUUUGGGUGUUGGCGGAAUUUAUUGUGCUUGA